ACGAGAAUAUUUACAAACAGAUUUGGAAUCUGUGAAAGAAUGCAAUUUUCACGUGACAAGUGCUCCUCAAAUCUAACAUUGUGGAAGAUGAAAGACAGGAGGGGGCCUCAGGGAAGCCCGCAAGCCAAGUUCUGUAUCUUCAAGUUUGAGCUGGGCCUAUACAGGCAACCCACCACGUUUCCGUAACUCUCUCUCCCUCUCUUUCUCUCGGCUCCGCCUCCCACCUUAGCUCUGCGCGUCCAUCUGGGUUGUUGUCAGGGGUUGGGGGAGUGCCUGCCUGAACGCCGUCCGAGUCGUCGGCGAGCUCUCUGAUCAUCUGUCUCCGUGAACGUACUGCAAAGGUGGGUCCGGCGACUCUCCCCAAGAAGAAGUGAAGCUCCGGCGACUACUCUGAACCUGUUCACCAGGGGAAAAGAAUGAUGACCGAGCAAAAUGAAGAUAAGCAACCUCCUAGCCCCUCGGCCAUUGGCUGGAAAGAAACGGUGGAAGAACAGUAUCGGAAGAUAAAAGAGAAUGCAGAAACAUACCCUUAUGUCUGGGCUUCAUAUAUUCUAGUUUACGGAGGAUUCGCUCUUUGGACAACUUAUAGGUGGAGAGUGCUUCGGAGGACUGAGGACAGAGUUCGAGUCCUUCAAGAAAGACUUCGCAAACUCGUCAAAGCUCAAGAAUCGGCAAGCUCCGUAUCAUCAGUGCAAAAGGGUCAGCAAUCUUCUGUUGCUGCAUCAGUAGAGAAGGGCUCUUCAUCGGGUGCAACAACACCACCUAUUAAAUAGGGUCCCUUGUAGAUCUGCUUUACGCUAAUGGUAUAUUAGACAUAUGAGGGCUCCAUUUUUUGGCAAAGCGAAAAUUACGAAUCAAUCCUCAGCCUGUGUUGGCAAUGCUUUCCUGAUCUCUGCCUAAAAACAACAUUUCAAUUACUUGGCAGUGAUGUUUUCUUUAACAGGCUGUGAGAGAUGAUUGUGUUCUUGGAAAGCAUCGGGCAAGAAAAAGGGGAAUGUUUGUUUUGGAGUGAAUAGGAGAUUAGAUUGGUGUAAUUGUUUCAGUUGGUUUAUUAUCUUUUUCCAAAUAUAUACGUUUCGAGACUCCACUCGAAUCGGCAGCAUUCUUUGC